AGCGACAGAGAGAUUGUUCAGUGGCAAUAUUCACUAUCAAUCAUGUCAGGAGUUGCCGGACCCAAGGUCCUACACGUUGCGGGCUACUCGUCAUGUACGUUUCUCCCAUCUUUGUAUUACGAUAGUGAUUAAUCUUUGUCUUCGUAUUUUGUUGAUUCGAUUUAACUGAGUCUAACAUUUAGAUGCAUUUUGUUUGAUUGACUGUUCUCGAUCCUCGGCAAACGACUCCCUCGAAGGCGGCUUUUACACCCGCAUAACGAAAUGUUUAUCUAGUAUGUCCAUUCUCUUUCCCAAUCGACUGAGAGUCGUCGAACACGAAUUUGAGGACCGUUCCAAGUUUCGUGAGUGGCUUGUCGAUGAUGGUUUUCGAAGCAACUUCAUGGAAACUGACGGGAAGGGGCAUGCGACGAGCCCUCUUGUCUGGAUCUCGAAAACUCAAUCCGAAGGCGGCCCGGAUCCUGCCGACAUUGAGAAGUAUUUAGGCGGACACGAUGCAACCCUUGAUUGGUGUCGAGAAUUCAUGCAACCAGCGGAGAUGAGAAAUGUGAAAGCCGAACCAGUAAUGGUAGAUGAUGGCCACAGUGCCGAUCAUGGUUACGACUACGACCUCAUUGUAAUUGGUGGUGGCUCGGGUGGAAUGGCAGCCGCUAAGGAAGCUGCACUUCACGGAGCCAAGGUCGCGCUGUGCGAUUUUGUGAAACCUUCGCCGCAGGGAACUACAUGGGGACUAGGAGGAACCUGUGUCAAUGUGGGUUGCAUUCCGAAAAAACUAUUUCAUAUUGGAGCUACUUUGAGAGAAUCUGUCCAUGCUGACGCCAACUUUUUUGGGAUUUCAUCGGUUGGGGCAAAGCCAGAUGAUAUGAUGGGCCAGUUACCUGCUAUUGAAACUGAGACUCACUGGGAUGUUGCCAAAAGCAAUAUUCAAAAUUACAUUCGUGGUUUGAAUUUCAAGUACAGAGUACGUCUUCGAGAAAAAAGUGUGAACUAUCUGAACAAGCUGGCUACGUUCAAAGAUGCUCAUACUGUCGAGGUGAAGGACAAAAAGGGGGUAGUCAGUGAGAUCACCGCUUCGCGUUUCUUGGUGGCAGUUGGUGGACGACCCACGCCGUUGGAUUGCGAAGGCGGCGACUUGGCAAUUUCCAGCGAUGAUGUUUUCUUCUUGAAUAAAGAUCCAGGUAAAACCUUGUGUGUUGGUGCUUCCUACAUUAGUUUGGAGUGUGCCGGAUUCCUAGCCGGACUCGGAAAGGACGUAACGUGCGCUGUUCGUAGCAUCCUUCUUCGGGGAUUUGAUCGUGAGUGCUCGGAGCGCAUCGGGAACUACAUGAAAGCCCACGGAGUCAAUUUCAAAAUGCAAGUAACUCCAAAGAAGCUCGAGAAGGUCGACGGUGAUCGCAUCAAGGUGACCUUUUCCGAUGGAACAGAUGAUGUUUACGACACGGUGUUGGCAGCAGUUGGUAGAACUGCCGAUACGGCAAAACUCGGUCUCGAAGCCGUUAAUGUCGAAACUAAUCCAAAGAAUCGCAAAAUUGUGACCAAGCUAGAACAAUCUUCAUGUCCCAACAUUUAUGCUGUCGGGGAUGUGAUGGACGGUUGCCCCGAGCUUACACCCGUCGCUAUUCAGGCAGGUGUUAUCCUAGCUCGACGACUCUUUGCUGGUUCAAAAGAAGCGAUGGACUAUAUUAAUGUCUGUACCACAGUUUUUACACCGAUUGAAUAUUCGUGCGUCGGUCUAUCCGAAGAAGACGCAAUUGAAAAGUUCGGAGAGGAUAGGAUCGAAGUCUUCCAUAGGGAAUUUGUACCACUUGAAUGGUCUCUUUCGCAAGCGCGACACGACUCCAAUUCCUUUACAAAGAUUGUAGUCGACAAACAAGACGAAGAAAGAGUAGUUGGAAUCCAUUAUGUUGGUCCUAAUGCCGGUGAAGUUAUGCAGGUGAGUCAGAGGAAAUGAUCUUGGAAAGUGUACCGUGCAAACUUUUUUGUUUUCUCGUCUUAGUCUUACAUUCGCAACACACUCAUCUUUUCUGCAUUUUGAAUUUUCCAAUAUCUUUUCCAUCAUUUUCAAGGGUUUUGGUGUCUCGAUGAAGAAUCGGUUGACGUACAGUCAACUCGUUGAAACUGUUGGAAUUCAUCCAACGUCAGCGGAAGAAAUUGUAACGCUAUCCAUCACCAAGAGCAGCGGCGAAGAUGCCGCUGCUGGUGGGUGCUGAGGUUAAGCCCUUCGAGGAAAACUUCCUUGAAGGGCUUCAUUGGAGCAAUCCAAUGAUACUUUCUCUCAUGUCCACUUGAAUUGAGAAAUAUCCAUGCACGGUAGAACCAAUGUAACUUCGACUUGAAGUCCGAACAUGAAUGACAGCUUGAGCAACUUAAAGGUUCGCUUUUCGUGCUUCACAGCUUGAAAAUUGUUCGGAUUCGACUUACACAGUUUCUAAUCUAUGUAUCAGUGACAAAAUUACAACAUAACUCUUCUAAUAGAGAAGAGAACAUAAAUAUAAUUAUAUUAU